UUUCGGUUUCGGUUUAACUAGCAGACGAGUCAGAUCGGAAGACUCAGCCGUGGUGGUGUCCGUAAACGACCGAUUCCAGCGUGAUCUGAAUAAAUGGUUCGAGAAGACCAACAUUGAAUGGUCAACCGUGGAGUCGCAGCUCCUCGGAUGGAGCAAUCUGUUCCGCAUCGGCAAGAAGCUUACCCUAGGUGUCUCCUUCAAAUAUGUGGAUGAGGAUUACACCCCCGCGUCAAGGAUCGAUAAGAGGGGCACAAGAUCUGUCACCCAAAGAAUGCUCGCUGAUAAGAAUGCUCAGAUUAAUGCUGAAAAUAGUUCAGAACAGGUUCCAGUUUGGGAUCACGUCUACAGGCUAAUGCGUUGUCCUGGGAAGCCGUGUAACCUGGGCAAAUGGUGCUGGCAGGAUCCCGUGGGCAAGAAGCAUUAUGGCCUUCAGAGCCAUCAUUUGACUGAACUGGUUCAAUACGUCCGAGAUGAGCAUGGUGUCCUCGAAGAUCGUGGGGAUGUUCCUAAUCGAAUUCGUGAACAGCUCUAUGCUAAAGAGCAGCAAAAGCUUCGCAGUCGGGCUCAAAAGGGUUCCGUUUUGUCAAGUCCAAAUAUGAAUCCUAUCAACAUAAAUUUGUUGCCUACACCGUCUUCUCAGCCCUCCGUCUCAGCUAAUUUGUCUAAUGUGCCAACAUCACUGCCGCUGCCAGCCAGGGACAGACUGAAGAUAUCCGGACCACGGGACGUGGCAGUCAGGGCCUAUUCUGAAUGGCAGGAGUCCAACGUGACCGAUGAAAAUCUUAAGGCCAACUUCCGGAAAGCGUGCGAUGUGGCAAUCACUAACGGAUAUGACCCUGAGCAAGUCGACAGGGAACAAGAUCCGGCAUUUUUCAUCAAGUUUUUCACUCAAAACGGUGUUGUCGUGGGUAUUGCACAGCGCUUUGUGAGUGACAUUAGAGAAUGGGUCGAAGCAUGCGAGCAAUGUUCGUGAAUAUUUUUAGUCUAGAUAAGCUCUCGUGAUGAAGCUGAA